CAGGAGAUGACCAUAGACUGCAGAAAUAGUACAGGAGAUGGCCAGAGACUGCAGACAUAGUACAGGAGAUGACCAGAGACUGCGGACAUAGUAUAGGAGAUGACCAGAGACUGCAGACAUAGUACAGGAGAUGACCAGAGACUGCAGACAUAGUACAGGAGAUGACCAGAGACUGCAGACAUAGACAGAAGUACCAGAGACUGCGGACUACAGGAGAGACCAGAGACUGCAGACAUAGUACAGGAGAUGACCAGAGACUGCGGACAUAGUACAGGAGAUGGCCAGAGAUGGACACUACAUGACCAGAGACUGCAGACAUAGUACAGGAGGACCAGAGACUGCGGACAUAGUACAGGAGAUGACCAGAGACUGCAGACCUUUGGGGAGCAAGUACCCGAAUCGACAGUCUUCUGGGACAGGUCCCAGAAGACUACGGGGCCAUUCACAAAGUGCAGCGCUUCUCGCGCAUGCACAGUGGGUACCCAGCUGUGAAGCUGCAAGCUGGUGAAACCAGAAGUGGUGAGGACACCGGUGGACCGAGGAACAGG